CUUUGUAUAUGUGCUCUGUGUUGUAUAUAUAGGAAAAUAGUGCCUACCUCUCUCGAUUAAGUACAAAAAAAUUUAAAUUACUUUUUCAUCACUUACUGAUAAUUGAAAAGAUGUCGAAACAAGCGUUAAGAAAACCUAAAGUGAUACGUGAAUCGAGAAAGAAAAAUGUCGAUCAAAAAUUAAUAAUUUUGACAUUAAAAAAUGAAAUGAAAUUAGUAAUAAGUUGUGAUGCACUUAACGGUAUAAUAAUGAUGGGAGAUAAAUAUAAGUGCAUAUUUUGUAAUGUCGACAUGCAUAUGCAUACGUCUAAAGAGCAGCACAAGGGGUUAAUCGAGCACAAAAAAAUGUUAAAACAGUUUCCUUAUAUUGAAGAACUAUCAGAAAAUUUAAUUCGACCGAUAAAUGAAAUUAAUUUCUACUGUACUAUAUGCAAUGUUGUAACAUCAGCUAUGUCUAUUACGAGACAUAUCAAAUCAGACGGACAUACAAAUGAGCUGAACAGGGCUUUAAUGAGAGGAUUUACGUACAAACCUAUCAUAUAAUAUUUUGUUUCAGCCAGUAUUAAAUAUCGUCAAAGUUUUUGAUUCAAAAUGUUGAUUUACUUUUAUACAAGUGUAAGUUUGUUGUUACUUUUGAUAAGUCAUAAAAAAAAUUUAAGUAUGUUUUGAUAUUUA